GCUGGCUACCUUGGGAGAAAUGCGGGGACACGCACUGCAACCCCAAGAAGGGCUUCAAAUGCGAACUCGUGAAGAAGCUGGUGUGCCCUGAGCCGCCUCCAGAACCACCGGUUGAGGACCCCCCUGUUGAGGAUCCCCCCGUCAAGGACCCCCCUGUCGAGGACCCCCCCGUCAAGGACCCCCCUGUCAAGGACCCCCCCGUCAAGGACCCCCCUGUCAAGGACCCCCCCGUCGAGUACCCUCCCGUCAACGACACCCCUGUCGAGGAUCCCCCCGUCAAGGACACCCCUGUCGCGGACCCCCCCGUCAAGGACACCCCGGUCGAGACUGGCGUCACGGAAGACGACAAGGACAACGAAGACGAGGAGCCCGCAGUGCAGGCGGCAGAGGCUGUGGCACCUGCCGAGGCGGGAUAG